UCUAUAAUUAAUAAUUGCAAAUAAUAAAAAAUUAUAAUAUUUACACAAUUUAAUAUAUGUGAUAAUAAGUUAUCAAAAUAAAGAUAUGAACUUAAAUUUAUUAUAAUAAAUAAAUUAAAAUUAUUUAUUAAUUUUAAAAAUUAAUAAAUACUUAUACACUAUGGCUUCAGCUUCAAGUACAAGUGCUCGAAGUUUAUUUGUUGAAUCAAAAAUGAGAUUAGCUGAUAGAGUACAAGUUAAUGUGAACAAUAUUGCAUCUCUUGCCAGACAAAUACAAAGAGGUUCAAAAAGUAGCGAAAUAAUAAUGCAUAGUGCAAAAAAUUUUGCACAACAAGAACAUGGUGUAGAGAUUGCAGAAGCUAAUCUAAAAAAAAUUGCUCUUAUAACUACUCAUUUAGAAUAUCAAAUGGAAUCAAUUAACAAAAGUUUUAUGACUUUGGAAGAAGUUACCGAACAAGUACGUGCUAUGCAAAGAUAAAUUGUAAUAAAUAUUUAUCAUAUUUUCAUUUAUAAUAUAUAUUUAAUGAUAUAUUUUAUAU